UCGCAGCUUAAUUUUGCGUUUAACGAAAAUUAUUUUAUUUUUAUUUUUGUUAUAAUUGAAAAUUUAAUUAUAAUAAUAGAUGUAAAAUAUUAAAAAAAAAAAAGAUAUUUAUUAUGAGUUUAUAAUUUCUAAUGAUAUAAAAUAAUAUAAAAUAAAAAUAUUAUAUUUUAUUACAGGAAAUUAUUAUCGUGCUUUGAAAAUUAUCCUUAAAAUAAUAUCAUAUAAAAUAACGUCAUAUACAAUAAAAAAUAAUUAAUGAGACUAAUAAAGAUAAGUUCUCUAAUUAAAUCUAUAUAAAAUUUUUAUGCGGGAAUAUUUAAAUUUUAAAAAUAUUUAUAUUGUUUAUAGUGUUUUUAUUUGAAAUAAUUAUAUAAUAAUCAUAUUUUUCAUAAAAUUUCGUUAUUAUUUAUAUGUUUUAAUUGUGAUUCACAAUGAAAAAUUCUUUUGUGAUAUAAAUAUUUUAUAAAAUUGUAUCGAUUCGAUUAGAAAGCUAAUCUGUCAUUUUGUACGGCAAAAAAUUUUUAUAAGCAAAAAAUUAUGAAUAUUUGUCUUUAAAAUUAACUGAUAUAUUAAUAUUUUUGAAUAAUUUAUACUACAUAAUUGAAAUGAAAAAUGAAAAAUGAAAAUAUAUAGCAAAAAAGAAUAAUUAUAUUUAUGUAAUAAAUAGAAAAGAUUGCGCAAUAACAUAUAUUCAUUCAAUCAAUUUCCAAUAGUGUUCUAAUUAAAUUUCUUUUAAAUUGUAUUUUAUGAAAAAUAGUUGAUUAUUUGGUUUACGGUGUUAAUUAUAUAUACAGAUGAAUCCUCUUAUAAAUCGUACAAUUUUUUUUUGUGGACGACAUUCAUUUGGUUAUUUUAUAAGACAAUUUCGAAUAUCAUCUCAAAACAUGGUUAUCGUAGGUGAAAAAAUACCCACAAUUGAUCUUUUUGAAGAUUCUCCAACAAAUAAAGUCAAUCUUGCUAAAAUUUCAAAUGGAAAAAAAGUCAUAGUUUUUGGAGUACCAGGAGCUUUUACACCAGGAUGUUCAAAGACACAUCUUCCUGGUUAUAUACAAAAAGCUUCAGAUUUAAAAUCUAAAGGAAUUUCAGAAAUUUUUUGUAUUUCUGUAAAUGACCCAUUUGUAAUGGCAGCAUGGGGUAAAACACAAGGAGCAGAAGGCAAGGUACGUAUGUUGGCAGAUCCUGCAGCUCAAUUUACAGAUGCAUUAGAAUUAUCUAUAGAUCUACCAGUUCUGGGUGGAAAAAGAAGUAAACGAUACUCAAUGGUUCUUGAUGAUGGAAUAAUUACAGAGUUAAAUAUUGAACCUGAUAAUACAGGUCUUUCUUGUUCUUUGGUAGAAAAUAUUAAAUUAUAAAAUGCAUAUUAUUGAAUAUUAUGUAACAAACCUAUUAAAAAAUUGUAAAUUGACUUUAGUCUUUAAUAUUUACUCUUUAUGUUUAUUUAAAAAAAAAUUGUAGCAUUAUUUAUAUAAUAAAAUAUUAUAUCUCAAAAAUUUUA